UUGCAGCUUGCUUUCCUUUCCAUUUAUCUAACCAGCAUUCACGUUUUGCAAAGUGCCUGUUAAUAAGAUUAGUAAUUAAAAAGCUUGAAUGGCAAUUGGCAAGCAUGUUGUCAUUACAAUUGUGUUGGCACUGUGUCUCCACCAAGACUUGAAGAGCACCUGAAGGAGUGAAGGCAAGGCACACUUUCCCGUAUAACCCAAGAGCCCAAGAGCAGAGAUGGAGAAAGCUAGGCCGUUGUGGGACAAUCCCUUCCAGUUUGUGUUUGCCUGCAUUUCCUAUGCUGUGGGACUGGGGAAUGUAUGGCGUUUUCCUUAUUUGUGUCAGAUGCACGGAGGAGGUGGAUUUCUAAUUCCAUAUUUUAUCAUGUUAAUUGUGGAAGGGAUGCCAUUGUUAUACCUGGAGCUGGCGGUGGGACAGCACAUGCGUCAUGGGAGCAUCGGGGCAUGGAGAGCUAUAAGUCCCUACCUCUGUGGGGUUGGAAUCGCCAGUGUCAUUGUCUCAUUUUUUUUGUCUAUGUACUACAAUGUUAUAAAUGCCUGGGCAUUUUGGUACCUCUUCCAUUCCUUCCAGGAUCCUUUGCCAUGGGCAUACUGUCCACUGAAUAGUAAUCAUACAAGCUAUGUUGAAGAAUGUGAGAAGGCAACAUCCACACAGUAUUUUUGGUACAGGAAAACCCUCAAUAUUUCUCCAUCUAUUGAGGAGAGUGGGAACAUCCAAUGGGAGCAAGCAGCUUGUCUCAUCCUGGCUUGGCUAGUGGUCUACCUGUGCAUUCUAAGAGGAACUGAACACACAGGCAAGGUUGUGUACGUAACAGCUACUUUGCCUUACAUUGUCCUCAUGAUAUUCUUAAUCAGAGGCCUAACACUCCAUGGAGCUGUGAAUGGGCUGACAUAUAUGUUUACACCAAAGCUGGAACAACUGGCAAACCCCAAGACUUGGAUUAAUGCAGCUACCCAGAUCUUCUUCUCUCUUGGGCUUGGCUUUGGCAGCUUGAUAGCUUUUGCCAGCUACAAUGAGCCAAACAAUAACUGUGAGCGACAUGCCAUAAUUGUUUCGUUAAUAAACAGCGCCACAUCAAUAUUUGCCAGCAUUGUGACUUUCUCUAUUUAUGGCUUUAAGGCAACUUUCAAUUAUGAAAACUGCAUAAAAAAGGUGAUCUUGUUGUUGACUAACUUUUUUGACCUGGAAGAAGGAUUAUUAACAAUGGAAAAUCUUGAAGAUAUGAAGCAUUUUCUAGCAGCUGCUCAUCCCAAAGAAUAUACAGAACUGCUACCACAAAUUCAGAACUGCAGCUUGGAAGCUGAACUAGACACGGCUGUCCAAGGGACUGGACUGGCAUUCAUUGUGUAUUCAGAAGCAAUAAAGAACAUGGAGGCCUCACAGCUCUAUUCAGUGCUGUAUUUUCUUAUGCUGUUGAUGCUGGGAAUAGGUAGCAUGCUGGGGAACACUGCAGCCAUUCUAACUCCUUUGACUGACAGCAAGUUUCUUUCCUCCCAUGUGCCAAGAGAGAUGAUCUCAGGUGGUGUGUGUUUUAUCAACUGCAUCAUUGGCCUGGCAUUUACUAUGGAGGCUGGAAACUACUGGUUUGACAUCUUCAAUGACUAUGCAGCUACACUCUCUCUGCUGCUUAUUGUACUGGUGGAAACUAUUGCUGUCUGUUAUGUGUAUGGACUAAGAAGAUUUCAGAAAGUGCUUGGUGUGAUGAUUGGACAUGAGCCAAGCUGGUACUGGAGGAUUAUGUGGGCUUUUGCUAGUCCUGUGCUAAUUGUAAGCCUGUUUAUAUUUUACAUCACUGAUUACAUCAGGACAGGGACAUUGCAAUACCAAGCCUGGGAUGCAACAGAGGGCCAGUUGGUUACAAAAAAUUAUCCAAGUGGUGCCCUAGCUCUUAUUGGGAUGCUUGUGGCAGCAUCCACAUUGUGUAUACCACUGGGUGCCCUACUAACUUUUAUAAUGAAGCAAACCAAACGUUAGUAACCGGGCUCAGAUUUAUGAAGAACUGAAAUUCCACACACCACCUUGAAGAUUAUAACAGCUAUGACCUACAACUAACAAGAAAUGCUUAAAAUUGGCUAGCAUCAUCCUGAAGUAUUAUUUUGACCAUUUCCAUAGUGAAGAAAGGUGUUCUGUAGCAGAUGAAGGUUUGAAGUUGCUUUUGAAACUUUACAACAUAGAAUGGUUUACAACACAUUCAGGUUUGUACACUGAAUUAUAUAUUGGUCAUUUCUAUCAGUCUGUUUGUUCUCAGUAGAAAUAUGUUCCUUUUGUAUUGGAAGUGUAACAAGAAAGUCUUGGACUAUCAGAAAUCUGCAGUGUCACAUUUUUCAUCUACAGUGUUGCAAGAUUAUACAAAUUAUAUGCAUUACUCAUGGAAUGUAUAUUUUAGUGGAUGCUAGCAAAUGCUUUAAGAGCUACAUUAGCUCAUUACUUAAGCUGUCAAUGUUUUUACAUAAAGCACAGGCCAGUA